ACAAACCGAAUUUGCUUUCAUUUAGGCUAUAUAUAUAUAUUUUAAAUAGGUUAAAGUCAUAGAGAUUUUUUUGAAAUAGCAUUUCGCCCUGGAGCGGUGCGCAAUGCUAUCGCACGCCGACCUCCUGGAUGCUCGCCUCGGUGAGUUAUCAACGCCAAACUCCGGUCUUCAACUCUACUGGAUGAAGGAUGCCGCUGCAGAGCUGCUGGGUCACAGGGAGGCUCUUAAGUGCAGACUAGGCGGUGGAGUGGGACCUGACCCAGGCCACUCGGGCGAGCUAGCCCCGGGCCCAGACACCGUGGAAGGGGCCACCAUGCUCCCAGGAGACGAUAUCAACAAUGGUGGAUCCAACCCAUCCGGCGUGCAGGUUAACAGUAAAGAGCAACAGGACAAGCAGCAGCAGAAUAAUUCCAGCCAAUCCGGAGGAAAUCAGAGUCAAAGUCAGAAACAAAAACGGCAUCGGACCCGGUUCACCCCGGCCCAACUUAACGAACUGGAGCGCAGCUUCGCGAAAACACAUUACCCAGAUAUCUUCAUGAGGGAGGAACUGGCCCUACGGAUCGGCCUAACGGAAUCUCGCGUUCAGGUAACGGAAUCUCGCGUGCAGGUUUGGUUCCAGAACCGACGCGCCAAGUGGAAGAAACGCAAGAAGACCACGAACGUGUUUCGUUCUCCGGGGACGCUGUUGCCCACCCACCAUGGUCUGCACAGCCAGUUUAACUCUGCCGCAGCCGCAGCCGCGGCUAUGGGCGAUAGCCUGUGCUCCUUCCACGCCAACGACACCCGUUGGGCCACAGCAGGAAUGCCUGGCGUCUCUCAAUUGCAACUCCCCCCAGCCCUGGGUCGCCAGCACCAGCAUGCAAUGGCACAGUCCCUGUCCCAGUGCAGUCUGUCCGGUCCGCCUCCCAACUCCAUGGGGCUUUCAAACAUGUCGUCAAACGGAUCCGGGCUGCAGUCUCACCUCUACCAGAACCCGUUCCCCGGGAUGGUCCCGUCCUCCUUGUCCGGUCCUACCAACGUCACGAGCUCGCCCCAGCUGUGUAGCUCCCCGGAAAGUGACGUCUGGAGAGGGACGAGCAUCGCCUCCCUGCGGCGCAAAGCGCUAGAGCACACAGUAUCCAUGAGUUUUACUUAGUAGUAACCACCACCAGGCCAAGGGUCACGUUUUACGUGUUUUUAUUUUUUACUUCGUGAAUUUCUCUAUCAUUUUUUUGUUGUUGUUGUUGAACACAUGGCGUAAUACAGCUGGACAAGGAUGAGAAAGUCUCCAAGCAAGGCAACAGCAAAACAACAGACCUGUCUCACAGUUUUGUUGCCAAGCUAAUACACAAACCAAACGAUUUGAAGAUGGAUAAAUAUUUCAUCUUUAGCGCUAUUAAUUUAUUUGCGCAAGUAUUUAUUCAUAACUUUACACAUGUAUUUAUUUGACAUGUAUGUAUAUUUAUUUAUUGCUUUAUCAAUGUAUUUAUUUAUCAAAUGUUUUAUUUCCUCAUUUUAAUUUCCUUAGCCUUUAAAAAAAAAGUGUAGCCUUGGCUACUGAUAUUUGCUACUGGAGUUUCUAAAAGUUUCCACAGGCGGAUGGUCGAGGGUCUAAAAACUCUCAAAAAAAA